UGCAGCCUGUGCUCCGUCCCUCCUUUUACGCAGAACAAACGCUAUAUUCAUCUGCUCCGGCUUGCAGUUACUGGAACUCCCUGCAGGAACUCCUGGGUACUUUACUCCACCGUUUGAGCUGCUGAACACAAUACCAUUCAUGCCACGGGGCGAAAACAGGCGCAGAGCCCGCUCCGUUAACCCAACUAUGUGGAGAACAUGCAGUAUUUUUUGCGCAUGGAGUCUACUGUUCUUGACAGAGGUCUGUGCGCAGUCUGAGCGGAGACCAAUCUUCACAUGCGGCGGAAACAUUACAGGGGAAUCUGGAGUAAUCGGAAGCCAGGGGUACCCAGGAGUUUACCCUCCAAAUACCAAAUGUGUAUGGAGAAUCACAGUCCCUGAGGGAAAGGUGGUGGUGCUGUCAUUCCGCUUCAUUGACCUGGAGAGCGACAACCUGUGCCGCUAUGACUAUGUGGAUGUUUACAGCAGCUAUGUCGGUGGGCAGAGACUCGGACGCUUCUGUGGGACAUUCAAACCAGGAGCCCUGGUUUCCACGGGCAACAAGAUGCUCCUGCAGAUGGUAUCUGACGCCAACACAGCUGGGAGUGGCUUCCUGGCUGUUUUCUCUGCUGCCCACCCGCAUGAGAGAGGGGACCAGUACUGUGGAGGCAGACUGGAAAAGCCCUCUGGGACUUUCAAAACACCCAACUGGCCUGAGAAGGACUACCCGGCUGGUGUCACCUGCUCCUGGCACAUAGUGGCACCAAAGAACCAGAUUAUUGAAGUCAAGUUUGAGAAGUUUGAUGUGGAAAGAGAUAACUACUGCCGCUAUGACCACGUCUCCAUUUUCAAUGGGGCAGAAAUCAACGAUGCCAAGAGAAUUGGCAAAUACUGCGGAGACAGCCCCCCAGCGCCAGUGUUCUCAGACGGGAACCAGCUCCUCAUCCAGUUCCUGUCAGAUCUCAGUCUAACCGCAGACGGCUUUAUUGGACACUACAAGUUCAGACCAAAGAAAUUCCCCAUCACCACGAUGCCACCCACCACUACAACACAGCCAGUCACCACCAGGCCCAUACCUCUGAAGUACUCUGCAGCCCUGUGCCAGCAGAAAUGCAAAAGACGAGGAACACUUGAGAGCAAUUACUGCUCCAGCAAUUUUGUGAUAACCGGGACCGUCAUCACCGCGGUGAUGAAAGGAGGAAGUAUGUACGCCACCGUCUCUAUCAUCAACGUGUAUAAAGAAGGCAGUCUGGCCAUCCAGCAGGCAGGGAAGACCAUGAGCACCAAGAUCAUCAUCCUGUGCAAGAAGUGUCCAUUCAUCAGGAGAGGCUUGAACUACGUCUUCAUGGGCCAGGUGGACGAGGACGGCAGAGGGAAAAUCGCUCCUCAGCACUUUGUUAUGGCGUUUAAGACGAAGAACCAGAAAGCACUCAGCGUUCUGAAAAACAAGCGGUGCUGAUUUCCAGCAGCGCUGACGAUCUCCGCUGAGCAGGUUUGCCUGAGGCUCAACUGGGGAUGGAAAUAAUGAAGCCAAAAAUGAUCUCAACGUCAACAACGUAAACACAAGCCAACAACAACGAAACUGAAUCUGGAUGCAGAGAUGCCAGCGCAUCAAAUCUAUGUGUUUCAUUCAAUUAGGGGCAAGUUAGAUUUUUGUAUUCAUUAAGUACUUGUACUCUGUCUUGUAUUAAAAGAGUGCGUAGGUCUGCUUUGCAACCUCCAGAUUAAUCAGCAACGAAAUGAGUUAAAGUUUCCAUCCCUUUCCACGGCCCAUUGUCACUCUGCCUAGUUACAUUCCUGUCAUACCCCGAACAGGGGUCACAACUGUAGCCGGUCACAGGAGCCCAGCAUAGAGAGUAUAGCAACGAUUCAUCAAACAAACAUUAAUCAGAUUGUUUAAAAUGUUCCGUUUCUGGUCUCACGUCCUAUGUGAAUUAACAGUGGAUUAUUUAGUAUGCAUUAAACAAAUAUAGUCAUUUCACAGCCCUAGUUAAUAUCCAUAGGGGGUUUGUCACAGCGGAUUGUUGUAGUUUUAAUGACGGCGUUAACAUCCUGCAGUAAAUCUUUUGUGUUCAAUUUUAUUGGGCAGGAGUUGAAAGUUUUUAAGUGGUGAUAAUAAAAAGUGCAAUAUUUAAUAUAUAGAUGAUUUCUUUUGAAAGAUUUUUAUGUGAAACAAAUGAGGACCUUCCUAGCUAAAGCUCUUUUUCUUUAGUUUGUUUACAGAUGCAAAGCACCGCUGUCAGCAUACAUCCUUUACUUGUUUUUAAAAAGGCAGUGGAAUGAAAUGAAAAGAUAUUUUCAUAUGUAUAUUAUUUAUAUUUUAUUGUUUUCAUCUUCCCAAAUAAAUCUCCCUUUCACAUGUU